AUCUCUCAUGCCACAUGUGCACCGUGCACAUUGUAGCAUUUGAGAUUUUGGCGUGCCCUCCCUAUUCAUUCAUUGAUUAGUUUUUUUAUUUGAGGAAUUCAUUCAUUAAUUAGUUUAGUCUUGGUUUUGUAUCAUGCUACCAAGAGAAUUUAUGCAUUUUUCUUUGAGUUAAUUACCCGUUUAAGACUAAAAGUGGACACAUAUGCACAAAUAGGACUCAAAAAAAUAAAUCCCAUUCCGCAGGACUUAAAAAUGCAUGUCUUUCCAAUUUUAACCUCCAUAAUAAAAUAGGGCCCGCGUGGAAUUCGAAGCGCGAAGGAAAGUAUCGGGAGUUGAAAGGGGAAAAUAUAGCAAACGGUUAGCGCAUUUACUAUGGAAUCAAAUUUUCCGACACAAAUCUAGUGAUUGAAAACUUCCAAAAAUACUCGCGCCUGGAGUUGUUCGAUUUGAGUUUCCAUUUUUGUGCCGCAAAAACAAUGAGGAAGAAAGGAAAAGUGCAGUUAAGAUGGAAGAAGAUGAUUUUCAAAGUCAGAGCACGAGACGAAUGAGCGCUCGACUGAAUCCAGUAGUCGUGAUUCAGGGAUCUUUCAAGGAAACUGAAUUGGAGAAUAUUGAGAGCAUGCGCAUUAACUGCUACUGCAAUCUGAGUGAAGUUGUGAAGAGCAUAUUGAUGAAACUUAAUCCAAAUGAAGUAGAGGAGUUUAAAAAGACAGUGUUCGGAUGAGUUUUGGAUGUGGAAGAAAUGAAAACAAUCAGUGGUCAACUGCAGCUCGAUUUUCUAUGCAACUAUGUGAAGAAGGUAAACCACAUAAAAGAGACAGAAGCUAUUCGCUUCCACAUCCAAAAUAGUGUAAUUAGCUUUAACAAAAAAGAUUUAUGCAUGGCAAUAGGAUUGAAAGUGGAUGCUGUGAAACCAAAUUUAGAAGAGGAGAUGAAAGGACCUUUCUGGGAAAAAUAGUUUGGAAAAGCAAGUGUGAAAAGAAGAGAGGUACAAAAUGCAUUGAUGGAAUAUAAUAGUGAAGAAGCAGGAGUUGAACAAAAUGAUGGUGUAAAGCUUGCUCUACUCCAUGUGCUAUCACAUGGAUUAUUUGGGAACUAAGUGGCUAGGGAAUUACCAAGCUCUUAUGUGAAUCUGGAAGAAGAUUUAGAGGCAUUCAACACAUAUCCACGGGGUGAAGAUGUUUGGGCAGAUUUGGUGAGCAACAUGAGGACAAAUGCCAAGAGCCUUAAGAAGUGCAAGGGAGAACGUGUGACUGUACCAGGAUGUCUAAUAGCAAUACAAGUCUGGGCGUUUGAAACUUUUACAGGGUUGGCAAAGGCAGAUAUAUGCAAGGUAAUUGAAGGGAGAGAAAUGUCAAUUCCAAGAGCAGUGAAGUGGGAGUUCCUAAAAAUGCCGCAUUUAGAAGUUUUCUGCAACAUAAUCUUCAAAAACAAAGAGGAUGCAGGCUACAAGUUUGGAUAUCGAAAAAUUUCCAAAUUUGGGGCCUAAUACUGGUGGCAUAGUUGGAGAGAGAAUUGAAAGUGUGAAGUUAUUCGAAAAAGAGAGAAGAAAGGGAAGCAGAAAAAUACAAGGAUUGGGAGAAAAAGAAAAAAUAAAGAAGAUGUGCAGGAAGAGGAUGAUGAUGAUGAUAAAGGCACAAUGGGCUUUGGCAAUGAGAGGAAAGUUAAUGUUGUGUUGAGACAGGUCAGGAAGCUUAACAAAGAAAAUGCCAAACUAAUGGCAGAAAUGAAACAAUUCAAGAAAUCACAGAAGAGGCUUGAGAGAUUUCUUAAGCAAAUAUUGGAAAAGUUAGAUAACCAAGAGAAGGGUAAGCAGAUAGCUGAGGAGAGUACAGAUGAAAGCACUGAAAAGGAACAGGAAGAAUCAAAUGAAAAAUCAGAGAAUGAAGAUGACAAGAAUGCAGAAAGCACCGAAAAGGAGCAGGAAGAAUCAAAUGAAGAAUCAGAGAGUGAAGAUGACAAGAAUGCUGAAAGCACUGAAAAGGAGCAGGAAGAAUCAAAUGAAAAAUCAGAGAGUGAAGAUGACAAGAAUGCUACAACUUCUGAAAAUAAUGUUGAAGGUGAGGUGGAAAGCAGUUUGCCAAAUUUUAAUAUUUUUGGACCAGAGACUCAGGAGAAAUUAAAGAAAGCAGAUGAAGGUGAAAGUGUGGAAGAAGAAGGAGAUGCAACUGAGGCAGACAAGACUGUUGACAAGAAUGCUAUAGAUGCAGUAACCGAGGGUGGAGUAAUGGAAGAAGAAGUUGAGAAGAAUGAUAAAGAUGCUGCAGAGGAGGGUACAAGAAUAGAAGAAAAAGAACAAGAAGCAAGUGGGAAAGGUAAAAACAAUGUAAAUGAUAAUGAUGCUUGGGGAGAUGUGAACACACAAUUUGUGAAUGAAAUAAUCACAAGUGUGGAAGAAGUAGAGAAACA